GAACUGACUUAAUUUUGGAAAUUUUCCCAGUGAAAAACUCAGUAGUUGUUCAUUUCUAUCAUCGUCCGAUAGUGAAAAAUUACAAUUUUUGGGUGUUUUGAAGACAUGUAGUCAAUUAAUGCAAUCAGUAGUCAUAGAAACUGUGAGUGUCAGAGACAGUACAUGCAUGAGUGAUGAGAAAAGGAAUCGAUGAUCUUGACGACAUACUGGAAGAGAUUGGAGAAUUCGGAAUAUAUCAGAUUAGUAUCUUACUUCUGCUGUGUUUGCCAAUUACCUUCGCAGCUUCCAACAGCUUCAGUUACGUUUUCACAGCCGGAGUUCCCAAAUACAGAUGUUUCAUACCUGAAUGCGAAGACCCAUACACCGCAACUUACGAUGCACCUUGGACAAGUUGGGCCAUUCCACCGGAAUCUUCUGAGAAUCAGGUGAUUGGAGUCCAAAGCGACACUUGCUCAAGAUAUCUGCCCACAAAUGUAUCGGAACUCAAUUCCACUAUCUGCUCCAAAAACAGUUUCACGAACACCAUAGAAACUUGCACAGAAUGGAUUUUUGAUGGCAGUGAAAGAACAAUUGUAAAUGACUGGAAUAUUACCUGCUUAGAAAAUCAAUGGAAAAUUUCAUUGGUCGGAACUGCACAUUUUACUGGAAUAAUAAUUGCAACGGUAACAUGCGGACUUCUGGCGGACAAGUACGGUAGAAAAGUAACACUCAUCAUCUUCACUUUCUUGAUGAGUUUAACAGGAGCACUUCAAGUUCUCUCUCCUGAGUAUGUUACUUUCGUCGUAUUCACGUUCAUCUCUUCACUAGCAACAGCAGCGGUAUAUCCCUUAGCUUUCAUACUCAUUAUGGAAAUGGUUGGAAAAUCGAAGAGAGGGUUGCCGUGUAUUGUUCUGAAUUGUUUCUACUCACUAGGAGAGGCAGUAGUAGCACCAAUCGCAUGGUAUACCCGAGACUGGGUUCAAACGCAACUGAUCGUAUCAAUACCUGCCAUUGUGUUUUUGGCAUAUCACUGGAUAAUUCCUGAAUCUGUGAGAUGGCUCUUGGUAAAUAUGAAAAGAGAAGAAGCCAAGAAAAUCAUGCUGAGAGCAGCAAAAUUCAACCAAGUCACAUUAUCUGAUGCAGCUAUCAAGUUUAUAGAGGAUGAUUCACUGAAUGAAACAGAAGAUUCCGAAAAGGAUACAAUGUGGAGCGUCAUUAAAGGAUUCAUGACAUCCCGGAAACUGAUAAUAAGAUUUCUAAUGGUGUACUUCAUUUGGGGUGUGAUUUCUUUCGUAUAUUAUGGACUCUCCAUCAACUCCACCAGCCUAGGAGGAAACAAAUAUCUCAAUUUCUCUUUGGUAGCUCUAGCAGAAAUACCAGGAGUCACCCUGUCAUGGAUCAUCAUGCAAACUUUAGGAAGAAGAAUAUCGCUAGUGGGGUCUUUGUUACUCUCUGGUGUAACCUGCAUUGUAACUAUUUUCAUCAAUGGAAGCACAAGCAACUGGGCGGUUCUUACUUUUUUCCUCAUAGGAAAGAUCGGGAUAUCGUCAGCUUUCUCGAUAGUUUAUGUACACACUGCCGAGUUGUUUCCUACAAUCAUAAGAAGUGGAGGAGUUGGUUCUGCUUCAACCGUAGCCCGAGUUGGGGCACUUCUGGCGCCCUUUGCUCCAUUAUUGGGUCUCUUCUUCAAUCAACUCCCCAUGAUUAUAUUCGGAUCUGUUGCUAUUCUAGCUGGCCUGUUGGCAACAAGAUUACCUGAAACUCUUGGACGUAGUUUGCCUGAAACUGUACAGGAAGCAAAAGCUAUUUGAGAGGAGACCUACUGAUGUUUUUGUGGGUGAUGACGACUUGUGGUAAUCAGAACAUCUAUAGGAAUCACUAUUUUAUCAUCGAAAAUUUCAGCUGAUACCAAUUGAAUGAAAGUAACUCAAUUGUGAAUAAUUGAAUAGAACUGGCCGAUACUUGAUGAAAAUAAAUAUUGAAAAACAAAUUAAUACAGUUUAUUGCAUGAU